AUGCACAAAAUCACCUGGACUGGCAAGCUGGCUCAAUGGGAGAACUUCAGGGAAGAUGUUAGCGCUAAAGUGCGCGAACCUUGGUCCCCGACCGUUAUUGAUCUUGCACUUGAAUCUCGUGAUCUCAAGCAGGAGCAAGUCUUGGUCGCCGAUGAACUAGGCGUUCGUGGACGGUUCCAACAGGCUGUUGGGCAAGUCCUCGGAACAGUCUUUCAAGCAGAGCUCGUGAAUAUUCGCUUUGCAGAUUUUAAGGCGGCUGGUGUUCCUUACUCCAAGACACCGGAUGUGGCUAUGGUGCCACGCGAGGGCUCAGCUAGCCUGAAAGCUCUGGGGGAGAUCAAAGUCCCCUGGGUUGACGGACCACAAGCUGGUGAAGCGGACUGCGUGUGA